GUGAAACAGGAGAGCUACACACACACUCCCACUCAGGCCUGAGCUUGGACUAUCAUUCAUUCAACACAGAGAAAACACAUCAUGAUUUUUUUGUUAAUUACUGCUCUGCUGCAGGAGGUUCUUACAGCUGCAGGUGUAGCCCUGGACCCCUGCUCUGCCUACAUCAGCCUGAAUGAACCCUGGAGGAACACAGACUACCAUGUCAAGCAGUCAUCCGGCGUGCCUCUGUGUGACAGCCACGUGUCUGGAGAAUGGUACCGCUUCACUGGCAUGGCUGGGGACGCCAUGCCCACCUUUUGCAUCUCUGAGAAUCACUGUGGCACCCAUGCUCCCAUCUGGCUCAACGGCAGCCACCCUCAGCCCCACGAAGGCAUCGUCACCCUGCCUGUCUGUGCCAGCUUCAACGACAACUGCUGCCAGUGGAACGCCAGCGUGGAUGUCAAGGCCUGUACUGGAGGAUACUUUGUCUACCGCUUGCCCAGACCCUCAGUCUGCUUCCAUGUCUACUGUGGCCAUUUCUAUGACAUCUGUGAUGAGGUGGACUGUACAGGUCUCACAUGUCCUGAGUCUGACUGUCGCUGUGCGCCUGGAACUGUCCUGGGACCAGACGGACAAACAUGCCUGGAUGUGAAUGAAUGUGAGAAGAGCAAUGGUGGCUGUGCAGAGGUGUGUGUAAACACCAAAGGCUCCAGGCGCUGUGAGUGUGGGCCAGGGCGUGUGCUGGACACGGAUGGACACAACUGCAGAGAGAUAGAUGGCUGUCAUGUUAACAAUGGAGGCUGCAGCCAUGGCUGCUCCUCGCUGCUGGACACCUAUCAGUGCAACUGUCCCAGGGGGCUGGAGCUGGGAGAGGAUAAACGCACAUGUCAGGUGCCAGUCCAAUGUGAUUCCAGCUCUAUUAUUGUGUCAGUUCCUAAGGACCUUGUAGGAGGACUGGAGCUCUCCCUGUCCAACUCGUCUUGUCAAGGUGUCUCCAAUGGCACGCACAUCAACCUCAGCUUCAGCCUCAAGACCUGCGGCACAGUGGUGGAGGUGACAGAUGACAAGAUUGUGGCCACCAACCUGGUGACAGGCCUUCCUAGGAGCAGCCCAGGCAGCAGCAGUGACUUGAUAGUCCGCACCAGCAAAUUAGUGCUCCCAGUGACCUGUGAGUUCCCCAGGGAAUACCAUGUGUCGGAUGAAUACCAGGCAAGUCUGCGCAGCUCGGCCCUCAAGCUGGCAGGUCACAGUGAGGGAGUGUUCCCCUUUUCCCUGGAACUCUUCAAAAGUGCAGAGUUCUCAGAACCCUACCACACCCCGCCCCAGCUCCACCUGCACGACUCCCUGUACUUCGGCGUGGAGCCAAAGGAGAGAGUGGAGGGUCUGUCUGCACUGGUGGAGAGCUGCUUCGCCACACCAGGGCCCAAAGCGGACCAGGCGCUCAAGUAUUACCUCAUCAAAGACGGGUGUAUCUCUGAUGAAACUGUGACACAGUUCUCAUCAAAGGACCAGCUCUCGAAGCACUACCAGGUCCCUGUCUUCAAGUUCAUCGGCAAGGACAAGCAACAAGUGUUCCUCCACUGCCAGGUGUUGGUCUGUGGGGUGGGAGACUCCCGCUGUGUUCAACGUUGUCGUGGACGUGUCCGCCGAGAGGUUUGGACUGAUGAACCUCGGGAACAACACACGCUGAGUGGAGGUCCCAUCUUCAUCCUGCCUGAGCCAUGAUGACUAACUUAAAGCCAUUCAAACAAACAGCCAGAAAAAAACCACCAGAACCAGGAUUAAAAAAACAAUUGCAGCAUAACAUUUAGAUUUAAGAUGAACCGACCAUUUCAGUUUAUUUGGUAUUUAAAACACCAAACAGAUAUACACAGGGCAGUCCAUUGUGCUGUACACAUAUACAUGCAGAUGUACAAUAUAAUGUAUGUAUAAUACAUAAUAUAAUAUAAUAGAUUAAUAGUACACUGCUCUUUACUGAUGUUUAAGUCCGUGUGUGAGCCACACUGCUGUAGAUCACUUGAAUUCUGGUUAACACACCCAAAUUGGGGGGGGAGGCUUUACCAUUUUGCCUGGCAGCACAAUUUAGUGACAUUAAAGUGAAUGACCUUCCUAUUAGUAAUCACUCAGAGGGGCUACAGAUCAUUUGUAACAACUACAGCAUGAGGGAUGCUUUUCUAGGUCACACUUUCAGGCAUUUCUCAGGCUUGAUUACAGCUUAAAGAUUUAGUGGACUUAGAAAAAUUGGUGUAUAUUUUACACUAUCACUGAGUUGAAAAAUACAUGUAGAACAUAAUUUGCUCAGUGUAAUCGAUGGCUAGGGAGCCUGUCACAUAUUCCAGCACAGUGGAAAAGAGAUACCAGUGUGCCAUGCCUGGAAAAUAUGCAAAUGCUUCAUCGCUCUGACAAUUAAUCCAAAAUUAAUCAUGUCAGUUAAACUGCAAUUAGCUGUGCAUUUAUUCAUAAAAAGUAACACAUAACUGACAAAUAACUUACAUCAAAUAUUAACGUAGUUGCUGUAGUAAUAGGCAUUACAUUUACAUGACUGUGACUUAAGGUUUGAGCAGAUACGCCUUCUUGAUAAACAGGAGCACACAACAAAUUAUGUGCUGUGUAGUAAUUAUUUAGUGUCUUUCUAUCCAGAGGAAAUUAAUCCAACUACAAUAUCCUUCCCAUCAAACAUUUUGUUUGGAGUCAUCAAAGUAAUGUAUGGUAAUGGAGUUAUAGAGACCUAUAAGUGGCCUAAAAUGAAAUGGAGAAUGGAAAGUUUAACAUGCAUAAACAAUUAAUUAAAAUUCUGAAAUUCAUACUGAGACAAUUAAAUAUUUGUUCAUCCUGUCUAUGAAUAAAACCUGAGAAAUUUUUCA